AUGCAUAACAAGAUUUGUUAUUAUUCUGGAAAUCUAUUCACAGCUCGAGAUGUCUUUUUAAUGCUAAAGAAAGCAAACUAUACGAAGCUAGAACUUCAAGUGUAUGCAACAUUUUUUGAGAUCUACAGUGGUAAGGUUUUUGAUUUGUUGAACAGGAAGACAAAACUAAGAGUGUUAGAAGAUGGUAAACAGCAAGUCCAGGUGGUGGGAUUACAGGAACAGGAAGUCAAAUGUGUUGAAGAUGUUCUUAAGGUUAUCGAAAUAGGCAACCGCUGCAGGACGUCUGGCCAGACAUCUGCAAAUGCACACUCAUCUCGAAGCCAUGCAGUGUUUCAGAUUAUUCUCAGAAGGAAAGGGAAAUUGCAUGGUAAAUUUUCUCUGAUUGAUUUGGCUGGUAAUGAAAGAGGAGCAGAUACUUCCAGUGCAGACAGGCAGACUCGACUGGAAGGCGCAGAAAUUAACAAGAGCCUUUUAGCACUCAAGGAGUGCAUUAGAGCCUUAGGCCGAAAUAAGCCUCAUACACCCUUCCGAGCAAGUAAACUUACUCAGGUGCUACGAGAUUCAUUCAUAGGAGAAAACUCCCGUACCUGCAUGAUUGCUACAAUUUCUCCAGGGAUGGCAUCGUGUGAAAACACUCUAAAUACAUUGAGAUACGCAAACAGAGUAAAGGAAUUUGGAAUUCGUCCUUCGGACAUUCCCUUCUCACAGGGUAGUGGCAGUCGCUCUGAUCUCUCUCCUUCCUAUGAGUAUGACGACUUUUCUCCUUCAAUCACCAGGGUGAAGGAGCUGACGGUUGUUCCUAGUGCUGUAGGAGAUAUCUGUCCCAUUAGACACCCUGCUCCCAGUCAGACUGAUGACCUGGAGACACAGUGGGGUGUGGGGAGCUCUCCUCAGAGAGAUGAUCUCAAACUGCUUUGUGAACAAAAUGAAGAGGAAGUUUCUCCACAGCUGCUUAAUUUCCAUGAAGCUGUGUCACAAAUGGUAGAAAUGGAAGAGCAAGUAGUAGAAGAUCACAGAGCUGUCUUCCAGGAAUCUAUUAGAUGGCUGGAAGAUGAAAAAUCUCUUCUCAAGAUGACAGAAGAAGCGGACUAUGAUGUGGACUCCUAUGCUACCCAACUUGAAGCAAUUCUGGAUCAAAAAAUUGAUAUUCUGAUCGAACUUAGAGAUAAAGUGAAAUCUUUCCGGACAGCGCUACAAGAGGAGGAACAGGCCAGUAAACAGAUCAACCCAAAAAGAUCACGUGCCCUUUGAAAUGGGCCUUUGCUGCUCAAGAAGUCUACAAUCCUGUACUGCUGUAGCACACGUUUGUUACAAAAUCAAGUGGCUGU